AUGUUGAGAAACACAUACUAUAAGAUUGUGGCUAUCGUGAUAGCUUGCCUUGUCAUAUUUUCUUUGAGGGAUUUGAUGCAGCCCAGCGUGGUGUACGUGGACAAGAACACCAACGAAGUUGUCAAAGAAUCUGAUGCAAACGGCGAAAAGGGCCAGGUGGGAGGACCCAUGAAUGCAGUUGGCCAAACGGACCCGGAAGUGGCUCUUGAGAAAGGUACUGCAGAAGAAACACCCAAAGACACUAAGGGCGAAGAGAAAGACGAUCAAACGAAAGAUGUUGAUAGCACAGGUAAAGAAGGCGAAGAUGUAGCUGCCAAAAUACCGAAUGUGGCCCCUAACGACGACUCAACGUCUCCUUCUCCUGAACAGUUAAAUGAAGGAGCUCAGAAACAGAACGAGGAGUCUAAGGCCCAAUCAUCGGAGCAUAAUGAUCAGGGUCUUGAUGCACCGAGUAAAGAAUCGAAUGAGAAGGAUAAAGAGGAUGAAUUUUACAAGGGAUUGGAAAAUUUAAGUGAAAACAGAAAGGACCAGUUGCUUAAGGAACAUAAGUAUCUGCCGUCCGGUGAGAGAGCAAAGGCUACUUUUGUUACCUUGGCAAGGAAUUCGGAGUUGUACGAUCUCCUUUUAGCGAUCAGAAAUGUUGAAGAUAGGUUCAAUAAUAAAUUUCACUAUGAUUGGGUUUUCUUAAAUGACGAACCCUUCACCGAAGAGUUUAAGACUAUGACAAGCGCAAUCAUUUCAGGCAAGACGAAGUAUGGGUUAAUUCCAAAGGAGCAUUGGUCUUAUCCUGAUUGGAUCGACUUAGAAAGAGCUGCAGAAUCAAGGGCAAGAAUGAAAGCUGCCAAGAUUAUUUAUGGUGACAUGGAAAGCUACAGGCAUAUGUGUCGCUUUGAAUCAGGAUUUUUCUGGCAGAAUGAGUUACUUGAUGAGUACGAAUGGUAUUGGAGAGUUGAGCCAGGAAUUCGUAUUCACUGCGAUUUAAACUAUGAUCUUUUUAAGUAUAUGGAGGACAACCAAAAGGUUUAUGGUUUUACAAUUUCAAUUCAUGAAUUUGCGGCUACGAUCCCAUCUUUAUGGGGUCAUACAAAAGAUUUUAUGAAAGCACAUCCUGAAUAUGUAGCUGAAAAUAAUCUUCUUGACUUUAUUUCUAAUGACAAAGGUGAAACUUACAACUUAUGUCACUUUUGGUCUAACUUUGAAGUAGCUAGUCUAAACUUCUGGAGAUCUAAAGCUUACAGGGAAUAUUUCGACUAUUUGGACAAGACAGGUGGCUUUUUCUAUGAGAGAUGGGGCGAUGCGCCAGUUCAUUCACUUGCUGCUGCUCUUUUCCUUCCUAGGGAUAAAAUUCACUAUUUCGAUGACGUGGGAUAUAAUCACCAUGUUUAUACGCAAUGCCCUUUAAAUCAACAGUUUAGAGUGGACCAUAAAUGUGACUGCAAUCCAGACAAAGAUUUCACUUUUAGAGGCUACAGCUGUGGGCAAAAGUAUUAUGAUGUUACUGGUUUGAAAAAACCUGAUGAAUGGAAAGAUUACGAUUAG